UACAAAUAAACAAUAAAUACAACCGCUGCGGAUUGCAAAGGGUGCAGAACGGUGGAUUUGGGGGGUCUGUCAGCUCAUGCAAGAAAGGGGAGCCCUGGAGGCAAAGAAAAAGGAGGAGGAGGAGGAGACCAGAGGCUGCAAAAGGGUCGCUGGCAGCGAGAGGUUUCCCAAAGCCCCACUCCAGAUCAGAGCCUGUGUUGCUGAUCCCCCACAUCGUCCCUUGUCCGGAUCCCCUCUCCAGAUCCGGGCCAGAGCAAGAUCCAGGAGUGCAGAGGGGAAACCCGAUGGAAGAGCAGGACCCAGCAGGACCCCAAACAGAGGAGACAUUAGAAGGAGGAGGAGGACAUUAUCCUGUUUAUCGGGUUGGGAGCGCUGAGGAGGUCCCAAUAGAGGAAGGUCCACAAGAUGCUAAGCGGAUACCGGAUGAGGCCGCGCCACUAGGUACUGAAAGGACUCCAGGUGAGGAGGCUGCGCAGGAGGCUCAGCAGGUACCUGUUGAAGCAGGUCUGCAACAGACCAGCCAGACAACUGACAAAAAGCUCCAGCGGCCCCCGGACACCCAACAGCAGGAUUUCCAGAGGGCAGCCAAGUCCCGGAGGAAGCUGCUGGUGCCUACCCGAUGGGACCACACCAAAUCUUUUCAGACUUCCUUCAGGAGAAUAGCCGAUGCCAUCCAGUGGCCUAGAGAAGAGAGGAAGACCCAGAACUUGCUAGACCUCAGUGGGGAAGCCACUCAAGUCUAUAAGACCCUGCGCUCCAUUGGGCAAGUGGCAGACGAGGACGCCACCAGUUUGGAGUUAUGGCGCCGGCGGUUCAGGCAGUUCUGCUACCUGGAGGCCGAGGGACCCCGAGAAGUUUGCAGCCAGCUCCAAGACCUUUGUUUCCGAUGGCUUCAGCCGCAGAAACGCACGAAGGAGGAGAUCCUGGAGCUGCUGGUCUUGGAGCAAUUCCUGGCCAUAUUGCCGCAGGAAAUGCAGAUCUGGGUCAGGAAGCAGGAACCGGAGACCUGUGCUCAGGCAGUGACCCUGGCAGAGAUUUUCUCUUGGAAGCUGCAAGACCACGAGAGGUGGGAUCAGCAGGUGCCGGGGCCCUUUGAAAAAGUGGCUGUUAAUUUCUCUAAGGUAGACCCCUUGAAGAUGCAGCUGUAUGUGGUGGCCAUGCAGGACGAUGAAAGGAUAACCAGCUUGUUGGCAGGCAGUGGUCAAGCGAGUGAAAGUGAGGAGGAGAAUCUCCGGCUGGAAAGGCCGGGGCAAGUAGAGUACCGCAGGAUGUCGCUGGAAAGGGCUAAAGGGGGCGUCUUCCUUUUUCCUGAGAUGGGAGAGGUGACCCAAAAUCAGCUGGUCACUGGAAGGAAAGUCUUCCAGUUUCUAGAGACUGAAGAGACAUCAGGGAGCCAGCAGGCCCCAGAGAAACACCAGGGAAGGCUCCUGGAACAGGCAGUGAAAAGUUUAAAUGAAAGCACUUUACACAAGGGGCUUGAGGCAAGUCCUCGAAAAAAGAGUGUCACAGGGAAAAGCUCAAGCCAGAGCACCGACCCUCUUAAAAACUUGAAUGUCCAGGCAGGGAAAAAGACACACAGAUGCUCGUAUUGUGGGAAAAUCUUCAACCAUGCCUCCGCUCAUUUGGUCCACGAGAGGAUCCACACAGGAGAGAAACCAUAUAACUGCCUGGAGUGUGGGCAGAGUUUCAGUCGGAGAUCGCACCUUACUAGACACCAGAGAAUCCACACAGGCGAGAAGCCACACACAUGCUCAGAAUGCGGGAAGAACUUCAGCCGGAGAUCCCACCUUAUUGAACACGAGAGAACCCACACGGGAGAGAAGCCGUUUGCGUGCUCCAUCUGCGGGAAAAGCUUCAACUACCGUUCCCUCCUGAAAGAGCAUGCAAGGAUCCACACAGGAGAAAAGCCAUAUAAAUGUUCAGACUGUGGGAAAAGCUUCAAUCGGAGGGAAAGCUUUAUCAUACACGAGAGGACACACACAGGGGAGAAGCCGUACGAGUGCCUAGACUGUGGGAAAAGAUUCAGUCAGCGUUCGAACAUUACUGCCCACGAGAAAACCCAUAUGGGAGAGGGGAAAUGCAAGUGCUUUGAGUGUGGGAAGAGCUUCUGUAAUUCAACCAGUCUCCUUAAACAUCAGAAAAUCCACACAGAAGAAAAAUGCAUAAUAAAUAUGCAAGCACUGGCAGUAGAAAAACCUCUGGUUAGUAAUCCACAUUUUCUUAAGAGUAAAAGCCAGUUCAUUUCUGCAGGAAAAUCCCGUGGCCAUCUCCGCCCGGAGCCUGGCCAGAUCUUCUCCCCGCCGGCCUUUGCCGAGCAGCCAGCCCAGGGCCGGGAGAGCGUUGCAGGCCGGCCUGGAAAGGCGACGGCACAGGAAGGGGCUGGCUUAGCCGGAGGAGGCGGGGCUGUGUGGGCGCAUGCGCGGCUGCGGCUGAAGCCCACGCCGGGCAGGCGCCUUGCUCGCCAAGCCCGCCUCACCUUUCCCUCGCUAAGCCACCAGGGCGAGAGAGGGGUCCGCUGGCACGCCUUCGCCCGGGCAGGAGCCGCCGCAGCCUUCAGUUCAGCAAUGAUGAGCGAAGAGAAGCCGCAGCUGAAAAAGGAGGUGAUCUCCCAGGAAGAAGAGGAGGAGGAGGAGGGAGGGAAGCUGGUGAAAGAAGUCACCGUCCCCCGGGAGAAAGCAGAGAAAGGUAAUCUAGUGAAAGAAGAGGAGAUCCCCCAGGAGGAAGAGAACUGGGUGAAAGAAGAGGAGAGCUCCCAGGAGGAAGAGGAGUAUUGGGUGAAAGAAGCGAUCCACGUGGAGGAAGUGGACGAUGAUUAUUUCAUAAAAGAGGAGAUUCUUCCAGAGGAAGGUUAUGAAGAGACAGAAGCUUAUGAAGGGACGGAAGAUUAUGAAGAUCCGGAAGGUUAUGAGCAGACAGAAGGUUUUGAAGAUCCAGAAGGUUAUGAGCAGACAGAAUGUUACGAAGGUUACGAACAGGCAGAAAAUUAUGAGCAGGCAGAAUGUUAUGAAGGUUACGAACAGGCAGAAAAUUACGAACAGGCAGAAUGUUAUGAAGCUUAUGAACAGGCACAAGGUUAUGAGCAGACAGAAGAGGGCGAGGCCCUUCUUGAGGAAUAUGAAAUAAAUGUUUUCCAGAUUCCUGGGGAUGAUGAGCCAUGUUAUAGCGAGCCUGUUCCUGAGAGCCAGCAAGUCUACGUCCCAAAGAAGAGACGGAGGAAAGCCGUGCCGGUAGAAGGAGCAGGUGUACAACCUGGCAAAGCCACAGUCGCGAAGGUAAGAAAAAUCUAUAAGUGCCCUGAUUGCGGGAAAAUCUUCAAACGGUGUUCUCCCCUUAUCAGACACCGGAGAACCCACACUGGGGAGAAACCUUACGUCUGCCGGGAAUGCUUGAAACGCUUCAGCGACAGCUCAGCCCUGGUUAAGCAUCAGCGAAUCCAUGCAGGAGAGAAGCCUUACACGUGCCCUGAGUGCGGGAAGAGUUUCUCCCAAAGCUCAACCCUUAUUGCGCACCAGAGAAUACACACUGGAGAGAAGCCGUAUGUGUGCCCUGACUGCGGUAAGAGUUUCAGCGUGAGCUCCAAUCUUGUUGCUCAUCAGAGAAUCCACACAGGAGAGAAGCCUUUUGGCUGUCCUGUCUGCUUGAAAGGCUUUCUGGUCAGCUCCCACCUCAUCAGACACCUAAGAAUACACACAGCGGAGAAACCUUACAUUUGCCGAGAAUGCGGGGAGUGCUUUACUCAGAGCUCCCACCUCGUCGUGCAUAAGAGAAUCCACACCGGCGAAAAACCUUAUCUAUGUUCCGAGUGUGGGAAGAGUUACCGUGGGAUCUCAGAUUUGAUCCAGCACCAGAGGAUUCACACGGGAGAGAGGCCCUACAAGUGCCCCGAGUGUGGGAAAUGUUUCAGUCAGAGCUCAUGCCUUAAGAAGCACCAGCGGAUUCACACUGGGGAGAAACCUUUCAUGUGCCUCAAAUGUGGGAGAAGGUUCAAUCGGAACUCACAUUUGACCAGGCACCAGAAAACCCACACAGUGUGAUUUGAAAAAAU